AUGACUACGAUCCUCUUCGUUCCUGGUGCUUGGAUCACUCCGGCGUUCUAUCAGCCAUUUCUUCAGGCUCUUACGGACGCUCGCUAUGAUGUCCGCUAUGCCAAUUACCCCUCCUUAGACCCCAAGGAUCCAUCCGCCGCAGAUUGUCUAGCCGACACCAAGGCAAUUGCAUCCGUACUCACUCCCAUUGUGGAAGAUGAGUGCAAAGACGUCCUGGUUUUGAUGCAUUCCUAUGCUGGCAUGCCCGGCGCGGCGGCCGCUGCUGGGCUGGCCAAAUCACAGCGGGCGCAGAAGGGCAAAACAGGCGGGGUUAUUGGAUUACUGUUUCUCGGGGCUUUCGUUGUUCCCGAAAGCCUGAGCUGCGCCGGGCUCCAGGGUGGAAAUCUGCCGCCUUGGAUCUUGCUCGAUAACCCAUCGGCGAAUCUUAAUAUCCCCGACGACCCCGUCAAUAAUUUUGCCGCAGAUGUCGACCCGGGUUUAACGCAAUCCCUCGCCGCAAACAUUAAACCCCAUUCGACCUUGUCCUUCACUUCAUCCCAACCCUAUCCGGCCUGGGCGGAGGAGGCGUUCCAGGGGCGGUUGGCCUUUAUUGUUACCACGGAAGAUCGUGCGGUGCCGAAGGAGGCGCAGUAUGGUAUGAUGGCUGCUACCCAGCAACCAUGGAUCGUUAAGGAAAUUCCGUCCAGCCAUUGUGGGCCUUUCCUGGACCGGAUCGACAAGACUGAGGGACGUGGAAUUCUGGCCGUUAGGGUUCUCAGCGCAGACCACCGAGAUCCGCCCGCGAUGGGGACACCAACCAUGCAAAAACCUCGUUGCUCGGUAGAUGGAAAACCACCUAGACUAGGAAGGCGCGGCAGUCCGACAACAAUUGGCGUAUUCCUCGUACUUUUGCUGGGCGGCCGUGAGCUCGGUCUUAGCAAUAUCUGA